AUGCGUAUUUAUGCUGCACUCGUACUUAUUCCAGGCAUUCUUGCCAGCCAAACACCGGCUUUUGCCUCAUUGCUGCCCAGUUCAUCAGCCACAAUCGAUCUCGGCUACUCACAGUAUGAAGGCGUUUCUCUGGCUAAUGGUAUCGAGGAGUAUCUGGGCAUGCGAUAUGCAAAGCCACCAUUAGAGGAUCUUCGCUUUCGGGCCCCUGAAGACCCUGACCAGACGGACGGUUUGUUGGAUGCAUCCGCGUUUGGGCCCAUUUGCGUCGGUGUUGGACAGACAGCUAGCGACUCCAUUGCUGAGGAUUGUCUGUUCGUCAAUGUAUGGAAGCCAGCGAACGCGACAGCUGAUUCCAAGCUUCCAGUAUGGCUGUUCAUUCAAGGAGGUGGAUACGCCAACAAUGCCAAUCCCAACUACAAUGGAAGUGAUGUACUGCAACAAUCCGGGCACGAUAUCGUCUUCGUGAACUUCAACUACCGUGUUGGGGCUCUCGGGUUCCUCGCGAGCGAACAGGUCCGCGAAGAUGGUGACCUGAAUGUGGGCUUACUAGAUCAGCGAAAGCUACUACACUGGGUCCAGCAAUAUAUCGGGCUAUUUGGUGGCGAUCCAGACCAUGUGGUAAUUCACGGCGACUCGGCAGGCGCAGGCUCUGUUGCCUACCAUCUCACGGCGUAUGGUGGUCGCGAUCAGGCUCUAUUUGUCGGAGCUAUUGCUGAAUCCAGCUUUUGGCCCACCCAGCGCACGGUCGCCGAGAUGGAAUUCCAGUAUGAAAAGUUCGUGAGUGACGUUGGUUGUAAUCAGACUGCCAACAAUAACACGCUGGCUUGUCUGCGCUCGGCAGAUAUCACAACAAUCCAGGAAUAUGAUGUCGAUAGACCAUUUCCUGGUGGCAGCAGUGACCCUGUUCCUCUGUGGUAUUUCCUCCCAGUGAUUGACGGAGACUUGGUGCGCAACAGCCUGUACAAGUCAUUUGAGAAGGGUGAUUUUAUCCAUGUCCCGACCAUCGUCACCGAUGACACCAACGAGGGCACAGCGUUUGCUUAUAAUGCAACUAGUACUGCUGAAGUCGCGCAGUUUAUGAAGAAUAAUUAUCCUGGACUCAGUGAGAAACAGCUGGAUACUAUCAACAACGCGUACCCGUUGACGAGUCCUCUUCCGAAACAUGCCGCAUAUUUCGCAUCAGCAGCAGCCGCAUAUGGAGAAUCAACAUUUACCUGUCCCGGCAAUCAUAUCGCCGCCGCAGCCAGUCACUUUUUUUCGCCGAAUAAAGUCUGGAAUUAUCGAUUUAAUGUACAAGAUCCAACCGAAGUUGCCGCUGGAAUGGGAGUGCCCCACGUGUUCGAGCUGCCUGCAGUUUUUGGGCUGGGCGAGACCAACGAAGCAUCCAGGUCCUUCGCUACGAUCAAUGAAGCGAUCGUGCCCAUCACCAUGGACUACUAUCUGAGCUUCAUGAAGGUUCUUGAUCCUAAUAAGUUUCGAAACCCAAAUGCGCCCGUGUGGGAAGCCUGGGGAACAGGCGACGGUCAGCGACUGAAGCUCCAAACUAACUCAACCAAGAUGGAGAACGUGCCCAAAUCGCAGGCGAAGCGAUGUUCAAUGUGGAAAGGAUUGGCAGCCACUAUGGAACAGUAG